AUGGUUUGGUUCUCCGCGCCCGACAACAGUGAGUUUCUAGGGGACCCUUUACCCCGAAAAGCACGACAACCCAAGGUCCAUUUAGCUACUGAGGUGUCUGUGGAAGCAUCGGUGCCUUGGGAAGACGUGUCCUCGUGGGAGUGCGGUAGUCAAACUUCUCGCAAUAGUUCACGUUCAUCAACUUCCGACAACGCCGCCAAUGGGCACGUGGCGAAUAUCAAUAAGUUUCAUGACCGGAUGGAGCUCAUCCGGCGGCUCAACAAACGCCGCCGCAACAAUUCCACUUGUAGGGAAUCAGGUCGUACAGAACAAUGGACGUGCCAACCGCUUUAUGUGGGAGUUAGCACCUUUCCCGAGAUGAAGGAAAUGUCACCUAAAUCGGUGGGUGGAGAAAACGUGCCGUUUUGGAAUGGUGCUGUUGUGCAUGAUUCACCACUUAUGACCGACAGGUCUGGGUCAGAAGUCGACAAGAAACCGCUGAAGACAAGAAAGUGCGCAUGGAAUUUGACGUACGUGAGGAAAAAUGAUUGGCCUGAGGCACAUCAAAUGCACGAGGGGGAUGCAAUUAUAUAA